AUGCCAACCAUCUGUACGUUGAGCUUGGCGUGGAAGAUUGGCUUGCUACCGAUCAUGACUCCACGUCCCUUAGCUCUGACGUCAGGGAAGAGAUCAAGAAGGGUGUCUCAAAAUCCCAUGGAACGUCUUUAUCUCGUGACUGCCGAGGCAGGGCGUGGCCACUCGCCUCUGAUACAGUUCUGGUUCCUGCAGGGCCAGGCCGUUACUGGAUGGACUUGGCACUCUUCGCAGCGGCCGAGACACUCGACCAGGGCAUCGCUUGGGAGGCAUUCGGAUGGGGUUGUUUUCCCCCUCAGUUCGUGUCUCGACGAGGUCGCUGAGCCAGUCAUCUUCGAAGAGUCUGACACCAAUAUCGAUGUCGAUGGGAUUCUAGUCAAGCUGUCUUUCAUACUGGGAAGCUAUCGAAGGCUGGCAUAUGCCCUCGACUACUCCAUCACCCUUGUCCACGAUUCCAGUCGCAACCCACCCCCCUCUUAA